AUGUCCCGAAAAUUCACCUCUAUCUUAUCGCGCGUGGAUAACAACGUCGAAUUGAUACUGCAAAAGUUCCAUGACAUAAUAGAGCUCUCGUCUGUUCAGGAAAAAUCGCAAGAAACGCACGCCAUCGAGGCCCUACAAAUCGAGUCGAACGCGGCGACUAUAGUGCGGCUCACGGAGGAGUUGCUCGCCAUUACACGACAGCUCAAAGAGGCAUGGAUACUGGGACAGGUGCCGGAGCCGGCCGAGUGGCAACAGGACGAGAAGCUUUUGCAGGCAAAAGUGAACCGUUUACUAGACAUCGUUAGCACGGCAAAGUAA